AUGCAGGUCACAGAAAUGCCUAAUCCUCGUCCACUAUCCAUCCCCCGGAGGGAUCUGGUCGGUGGUGGUGGUAGCAACGAUGGUGUCAGCUCGACCUACCUCGGAGGAGACGGCAAGUCCUCCUGGCCACUCGACUCGGAAGAAAAAGCUGGCGAGCGCCCAAAUCCACACCGCAAGUAUAGCAAAAAAUGGUUUGACUACGCGUGGGAUCAUGCCGUCGAAGUCGGCAGAUGGCCCCGAGUGACUUAUGCCUCCGUCGGAUUCAUCUUGAUCAUGAUCUGGGUCGGAAUCAUGCUCACUUUUGCCAAAGAAGAAGUAAGAGCCCAGAGGAGAAACUCGGAUUACAACGGAAGCAAAGGCCAAUCCACAGGCGAGAUUGCAGAUUUCAAGCUCUUGCUCAAAGGGACGCUCAAAAGGUUUGACCCAAUUGAGCGCAAUCUCCGCGUAUCUUGGGCACUCGUCUACGUGGAAAAUGGAACCACCACCGUACAACCCUCAGGUCAAACUGUAAACGAUACGUGGCAAGUCAACCUCUACCGCGACGUCCAUACGGUUCUCGAAGAUCGCCAGGCCAGUCCAGCUCUGCUCGAACAAGCCGGAAUCACCCAAGAACAGCUUGAUAGCAGAUUCCGGGUGGACAAUAUCACACAACCUCCCAUCGCUACCCUGGGGAUGCAUCCUUGGGAUAGCGUGGACACCAGUAUUGAUUUCAACCAGGCAAAAGAGGAAGUCCCCUAUGCGCAGCCACUCUUUGGGUAUCCGUUUGACAUUUGGCAAGGGUCAAUUGUUUUUGCCAUUACAGACCGCAGGUUUUCCGAUUCACUCAAUCUAACAAACACGGGUAUCCUACACCUCCAGGGAGCGAUCCUAAGUGACAGCACUCUCAACUGGCGAAUCCAGCUCGCUGCGAAUGAUACAUGCGAAGUCGAGGCCAUUGAAGCUGGAUGCGAACUCCAACUCAACUUUACGGGCCGUCGCCCGGCGCUCGUUAGGUUUGCAGCUAUCCUUGCAGUUCUGGUAAACUGGACGAGCACCAUUGGUAUCUUCCUCCUCACGUGCGAGUCGGUCGUCAUGCGCCGCACCUACAUCCUCUCCGACACAGAUAUCCUGGGUGUCUGUGUCAGUGCGCUCUUUGCGCUGCCCAGUGUCAGGGCUAUCCUGCCUGGUGCACCAGAUUUCGGUGCUAUCAUCGACCUGAUUGGAAUCAUUCCGAAUAUCAUCGUCGUCUCGCUCUGCACAACGGCUGUAGCAUUCUCAAAACUCGCUAUGCGGCGACCAAAGAAUGAAUAG